AUGACUGAAUCAACUGCGCUCUCCCUACUGCGUCGUUUACGGGAAACCUUGACCGCGCGAUCUCCCUAUUGCAGCGGCACCCUCGAGCUAUCCCCUGCCAACUUCGAACUCUACUACGGCAAGGAGGACGCAAGCUCGAAUAGGUUCAUCAAUCUAUCGCAGACCGCGAACACCGAAGCCCUUGGCAAACUCGCGCAAGCGUGCGACGCUGCGAAGUUUGGUCGAGGGACAGAAACAGUGCUCGACGAGACGUACCGCAAGGCGGGGAAGAUGGACGCGGAGCGCUUCGUGACCCGGCUUGACGUCGAGGACAUCGGGCUGCUGAAGGCAGUGAACCUUGGCUUGUUGCCUCGUAGAGAUCACAAACUCAAUAUCCGCGCCGAGCUGUACAAGCUGAAUGUGUACGGGGAAGGCGCGUUCUUCAAACCCCAUAGGGACACGCCCCGCGGGAAGAAAAUGUUCGGCUCCCUAGUUGUCGUCUUCCCUACCGCCCAUGAGGGUGGUGCGCUCGUCCUACGCCAUCGAGGGGAUGAGUGGACGUUCGACUCGGCAGCCAUGCUCGCCGGGCGGGCUAACAGCCUCGCCUACGUUGCGUUCUUCAGCGACGUCGAGCACGAGGUCAUGCCCGUCGUUUCCGGCCACCGCGUCACAUUGACAUACAAUCUGUACUAUGGCGACAGGCGUAAGCUCGCACCGACCGCGCGCCUCAAGGUCCGUACGCCCAUUAACUCGAACACGUACGAGGUCAAGGACGCGUUGGGUGCGCUGUUGAGCGACCCGACGUUCAUGCCGGAGGGAGGGACGCUGGGCUUCGGACUGAACCACAGCUACGCGUUCCCUGCUACGUGUGGCGACGCCGACUGGAACCCCUUCAAGGGCUUGAGCCGAUGGCUCAAAGGCAGCGACGCUGUGCUGUACAAGGCGUGGACCGCGAUGGGCAUGGAGCCAAAGUUCCGUCUGGUCAGCGAGCACGACAUCGUCCUCGACCAUAUGGUCAACCUAGCCGACUGGGGUCAGGUGGAGUGUGUGGAGAGAGCGCUUCUGAAGCGACACGACGGCUUGGUGCUGAAGAGCAAGGUGUUCUCUGGGAAAGAUGGCGCUCUGUGGAGGGAGGGGGAUAAGUACGAGGACGGGGAUGAGUACGAAGGCGAAAUUGGGGGUAAUUCGUUGACGGUAUACUGGGUCACGAAUCCAAGCGGGGGUGGCCCCCGAUCGGACUACCUGCAUUACGGUAACGAAGCGUCCCUUGGGUACUUCUGGACUAGGGUAUGUAUCCUCGUCGACGUGCCUGGCGUUGACGAGAGAUGCAAGACGUUGGGUAGGGAAAGCGGGAAAACGGCCAGGGAAGAGGAGGAUGAAGAUGAGGAUGAAGAGGCGGAUGAAGAGGAGGAUGAAGAGCAGUUUAAAGAGCAGUUUGAAGAGGAGGAGGAUGAAGACGAGAAUGAAGGGGAAGACGAGGAAGACGAGGCUAAGAAUGAAAAAGACUGA